AAAUCAGUUGAACCCUGUAAGCGACGAAAAAUGUUGAAAAUUAUUAUCCUCUCGCUCGUUGGUUGCGCGGUCUGCGCGCCCUACGAUGCCUACGUGCCUCUAGCCAAGACGACUCUCACCUCCAGCAGUCAUGCAGUCGACCACGGCAGCACUCACAUCGUCCCCGCCAUCCCCUUAGCCAAAACAACACUCACGCAAAGUUCCCAAAUCGUCGACCACGGAAGCAGUCACAUUGUGCACGCACCCUUACAUAUCCCUGUAGCUAAGACCACGUCCACACACAGCAACCAAGUGAUCAACCAUGGUUUUUAUCAUGCUGUACACCCCUUAAUUCAUGAGGUGGCAAUGGUUGAACACCACCCCAUUGUUUUCCCAGCGACUUCAAUAUAUUCAUACAAGACCCCCGACUCCGCUAUCACACACCACUCUUCGGAGGUCCACGAAACUGUACCUUAUUAUGCGUAUCAUUAAAUUAAAUUUACCCUGUUA